ACUGUUUUGAAAGCUGAAACGAAAGUUGGAAGUUUUUUUGUAAAUUGGUUCCGAAAAAUAUUUAGAGUCACAGAAUGGCAGGCCAACGUAUCUGCAUUGAUACUUUUAUUUUCCUCUCAUAGCAUUAUUUCAUACCUAUCAUGAAGGAAAUAUCAGUUGAAAAAAUAGCGCUCGCGGAAACUGGUGACACUGAUGAUCUUGAUGUGAUCCAAAAUUCAUAUGAUAGACUUGAGAGCCUCAGUGGUGUUAAACUAGACAUGAGUGUUGAGAAAGCACAAACAUCAAAACGAAAGAGAUUACAUUUGGGUUCUGAAGCAUGCUCGGAUCUAGUAAACACCGAAGAAGGGGCCAUGCCUUUAUCUAAUCCUCAUAUGGCGUCACAAAAUGCUGCAAACAAGGAUGUAAACAGGGGCUUGCACCCAGUAAUAAGAAAUAAAAGACGAAAAACUGAAAGUUUCCAGGACAGGGUUGCUGCUAAUGAAGAAAGUGACUGUGAUAAGCAAAACGUCUUCCAAUUAAAUUCAUUCCAGUCAUCUCAAGGUUUUGUGUCUGCCUCAAAAAUGUAUGAUAUCAAACAUGAACACAGGCCACAGAUUUCAAACAGAUUUACUGAAAACCCUGACUCCUCAUUUAAAAAAUCUCACUCUAUUAAUAAAGGAAAGCAAAUCAAACAGAUAGCAAAUCAAGGCAGUCUUAGAGGGUUUGUGUCUUCGAGCACUCCUACAGGAUCUACAGAUCAUUCUUGCAAAGUGGUAAAACAAAAUACUGUAAAUGAAUCAAAACCUACAUCAUCAAGCACUGUUAUGUACUCUCCAAUUAAGAAGCUAUCAGCAACAGACAGUAAAUCUUGUAUUUAUAUAAGUGAUGAUAGUCCCUCUUGUAGUCCAAGCUUGUCACAGGAAAAUAGUCAGAAAUCAAGCAUCUCUGACAAUGCUGUUGUUAAACAGUUGUUUGAAGCAGCCAAACAUUUUGACCCAAAGAGUAAACCAAAGGGCAAGAAAACUAAACCAGUCAGUUCUCCAUUUUUAAAGACAUUCAAAAAUGAAGGUGCAAAAUAUUUUGAUAGUGAUAGUUUUGACAUGAAUACUGCAUUUGACUCUGAUAUGGAGGAUAAUGCAUCCAAUGAUAGUAUAAUUAGCAGUACUGGGAAGAAAGUAGGAAAUGUUGGGUCAGAUAAAUAUGGGCUGCUUGGAACUGGGUCAUAUCCAAAAGAAGAAAAAGUUAAUUACUUUGAGAGACUGCCACCGGAAGUUCUUGAAAAUAUUUUUUGCCAACUUCCAUUGCUAGAUUUAUGCUUAAACAGCAACAGAGUGUGCUUGCAAUGGAAUAGUAUUAUAGCAGAUGAAAAGUUUGUGCCAUGGAAGAAGCUAUAUCAUAAGUUAAAAUCUGACGAGGGUUCUAGCAGAGAGUUCAUUCAAAACACAAUGCACAAACAUGGAAUGAACCAACCAGCUUUGUACCUGUCUUCAUUAAUCAGGUACAUGAAGAACUUCAAGCCAAUCACUGCCUCAGAUAUGCUACAGUGUCUUCAGAAGCACAAUAAGUAUAGCUGGGCAAAAGAUCUCAUAGAUGAAAGAUUGCAGGACUGCAAAACUCAUGAAGAACCAAACCCCUGGUCUGUGAUAACCAUACUUGUGAUAGUAGCACACAAUGUUUAUGAGGUGCAGGAGAUCAUUCGAUGUUUGUCUGUCAGUUCAUCACAGUGUACUUCCAAGGAGAUCAUAGAAUGCCUGUACUGUAUAGCAACUUUCCUGUAUGCCUUCAAACUGGCAAAACCCUGUGAUGUCUGGAAUGGAAUGCACUACAGACUGUUCUAUGCAUUGUAUUUGUUUGAGAAUGCUUCCUCAUCAAGUUGUGCAGAUCUUCAUUCCGUUAUGUCAGAAAACAAAGGUGGCCAACAGUCAUUGGUUAAGUACAGCUCUGGGACAGACAGUGUAAAGCUCACUCACGAACAGUUACGUAUUGUAAAACAUCUGGCAGGUCCUCAUGAAAUCAUCAAAAUUGUGGCUUUUGCAGGUACAGGAAAAACAACUACUUUAGUGCGGUAUACGCAGCUUAGACCUGACAAAAAGUUUCUACUAGUUGUCUAUAACAAGUCUGUGUGUGACUAUGCCAAAACAAAGUUUCCGAGAAAUGUUGAAUGUAGAACGGGACAUUCACUUGCUUUCCAGACAUUUGGCAGAAGGUAUGCUCACAAGUUGUUCCAGCUCAAAGUGUACACGUUAACUCAGACGUUAAAGGCAAGAAAGGGAGAGAACCUUUUCCUGCAAGCCAAAUUCACCAUGACGACCAUUGAAAACUUCCUGGCAUCAGAUGACACGGAUAUAGAUAUACAUCAUGUCCCUGAUACAAGGUUUAAUGAGAAGACAGGAAUCAAAGAAAACAUAGAUUUGCCUUCUAAAAGGUUGUAUGUAACAGAUGCUCGGUUCAUUUGGCAGAAAAUGCAAGACCCAAGAGAGAAGAAGAUUGGUAUGUCACAUGAUGGAUACCUGAAACUGUACCAGUUAUCUCAACCUUCCCUCAGAGGGUAUGACUGCAUACUGAUUGAUGAGGCACAAGAUCUCACUCCAGCUAUAACAGAUAUAUUACUGCAUCAGAGACAGGGUAAGAUCCUGGUUGGAGACCCACACCAGCAGAUUUACUCAUUCCGAGGUGCUGUCAAUGCCAUGAAUAGGAUUAAUGCUGACACCAUAUUCUACCUUACACAGUCUUUCAGGUUUGGGCCGGAGAUAGCACAGGUUGCUAUGUCAUGUCUAGAAGUACUGAAGAAAGAAAAGAAGAAAACACUAGUAGGAAGUGGAAAAAAGAGUUGUGUGACUGGAGAGAAAGUAGGACAACUUGCCAUCAUUAGUCGAUGUAACUUUACAGUAUUCAGUGAGGCAGUCAAGAAAUGUUGUUACUCUGAUGAGGAAUGUAAAGUAGCUUUUGUUGGGGGGACAUCAAAUUUUGGAUUUCCAAUGUUGAUGGACAUGUAUGCUCUAACCCUGUCUGAACAUGAGAGACAAAAAGAGGGAUUAGAGAUACAGAACAAGCUGAUCAAAAUGUUUAAAUCUUUCCGUGACCUUGACAAUUUUGCCACAAAGUCAAUGGACAAUGAACUUCUCGGCAAGAUAAAAAUUGUGAAGACAUACAACCACAAUCUCCCCUUACAUAUACGUAAGAUUGAGAGCAAGAGUGUCAGAGAUGCAAGACAAGCAGAUUACGUGUUCAGUACUGCACAUAAAUCCAAAGGUUUGGAGUUCAGUACGGUUCGUGUGACAGAUGAUUUUCUUGGUGAUGCAACACGUGGUAUCUUGGUGCUAGGGGCACCACAAGUACACCUUGAUGAGGAAGGAGAUGAGUUAGAUGGUCUGAUGGGAGGAGGUGUGAUGGGAGCAAUGGUUUUGAAUGUCAGAAUGCUUAACAAUGAUGCAGAAAAGAAAGAUGAUGAGGAAAACUUACUUUAUGUUGCUGUUACUAGAGCUAAGAAUGCUCUACAGAUGUCACCUACACUGAUGUCUGUCCUUAAAAGAGCUGGUGAAGAUUUCCAGUUUCCAGUGUACAGUAAUGACUUGAGGGAGUCAGGAAGAACAUUUAAAUGCAUUAAGACAGAUGCUGAGUUCCAACCUAACUGUUUGACACUGGAGAAAAAGACAGUGGUACUGGGUGAUAGUCAACAGAGAACAGGUGGAUUGUACAGCCCCGCCUUUCUGACAGAAGAUUUCCACAGUUUUGCUGCUCUUCUUGGAUUAACAAGUAAAGAACUGCUUGAGGAGAAAAAGAAAGAGAAUUCAUCUGUAGAUCCAGCUGUGUUUUAUCCUCAUGGCUUUGAUGCUGCUGGGGAUUGAUUUUGUGACAUGUACCAGUAUGGUUGUGACAUGUACCUUUGUGACAUGUACGGUUGUGACUUGUACCAUUGUGACAUGUAAAAGUAUAUAUGGUGGACAGACUUGCUCAGGGUUAGGAUUACAGAGUUAGCAGCACUGUGUGGAAACAGAAGAUUUCUAUAAAAACCUUUGCUAGAAGAACAAUUGGGAAGAAGUUUGUGGACAUUGACUGUGGACAUCAGCUUAAUAAGAAUUAUUCAGAUUUGUUAAAGGAGACAGUUAGUGGAUAUUUGCCACAAAGCAGAUCCUACAAUAAGAAAGUGUCUUAAUGUGUUCAUUAAGCUGGCAAAUUUGUUACAGUUAGCUAGUCAUUUUGUAAAUAAUCCUGUUAUUAUUUUUAUACAAAGAUUGGUUAGGUCUGAGCUGCUGGAUAUACUCCACACUAUGAUGAAUAAGAACAGCUUGAAAAUUUAUCAUUAUUUGAAGUGUGUGUGUUACUUUGUUUAUAUUUAAGGAACAAGUGCCAGUGUAAAUAUACAUUUAUCAUUCUUUUAAUCAUAGCUUAAACAAUACAUCAUUUUGAGAACUCUGUUUGUUUAGUCAAGUUGGAAGAUUCAUCUUUGCAAGGAUUUUUUUUCUCUCCUUUAAAGUGUGCCUUGCUAAAGUUUAUAAGUCAGUUAUAAGCUUUAGCAAGGCACACUUUAAAGGAGAGAAUAGUCCAAGCUUUUGCUCAGGCAUUGGCGUCACACCCUUGGUUAAAGUUUUGCAUGCAACUACGUAGAGCUAUCAUUUAAAGGCAUAUAGCUUUGCAACUUAUUUGUUCUUUUUUAGCUCGACUAUUCAAAGAAUAGGGGAGUUAUCCUACUCGCCCCGGUGUCGGCGUUAGCGUGAGCGUGAGCGUCACACAAAUGUUAAAGUUUGCCUACCACCCCAAAUAUUUUCAAAGUCCAUUGAGAUAUUGCUUUCAUAUUUUGCAUACUUGUUUACCACCAUGACCCCAGUCUGUAAAAAGGAGGAGGCAACUCUAUCAAGCAUUUUGACUGAAUUAUGGCCCCUUUUCGACUUAGAAUAAAUGUUAAAGUUUGCAUACCACCCCAAAUAUUUUCAAAGUCCAUUGAGAUAUUGCUUUCAUAUUUUGCAUACUUGUUUAUCAUCAUGACCCCAGUCUGUAAAAAGGAGGAGGCAACUCUAUCAAGCAGUUUGACUGAAUUAUGGCCCCUUUUCGACUUAGAAUAUGCUUAUUGUAAUGUUAAAGUUUUACUCAUUGCUUAUAUUAUACUAUCAAGAACUGAGAAUAGUCGAGCGCGCUGUCCACUGACAGCUCUUGUUUAGGUAAAUAACCAAUCUCACAGGAUCAAGUCCUAUAACUCUUGACAUGUAUUUUGGGCAAAUUAUGCCCCCUUUUGGUCUAAGAAAAUCCUAGUUAAAGUUUUGCAUGCAAGUUAGAAAAUCCUAGUUAAAGUUUUGCAUGCUCCAAAAUUAAUGUAGAUAUUGAUUUGAAACUUCAACUGUGACUUUUUGGUGAUAAAACAAGGUGAUAGCAUCCAGGCUUAUAACUCUGACAUUUAUUUUGGCCAAAUUAUGCCGACUUUUGGACUUGAAAAAUCCUGGUUAAAGUUUUGCAUGCAAGUUACUAUCUCAAUACCUAAUGCAAAUAUUGAAUUUAAACUUCACACAUUUCUUUGGUAUUAUAAAACUAGGUCAUAGCAUCAAGUCCCAUAUCUCUGACAUGUAUUUUGCAAAAUCAUGUCCCCUUUUGAACUAAAAAAACUUCUUGUUAAAGGUUUGCAUGCAAGUUACUAUAUCCAAAACUAAUGCAGAUGCUGGAUUGAAACUCUUUAGAUAUUUUAACAUUUAGGUUAAUAUUCCUGCAUCUGGGACAACAAUUUGAAUAGUGGAGCAUUGGCUGUCUUACAGACAGCUCUUUUUUUAGUAGGACUGGUGUGUUUAGUAAACUUACUGUAGUUAUGUUUUUAUAGAGUGAAGAUUGUUACAAACUUGUGCUGUGUUCAUUACUUUGGUGCUACCAUUUGCAUUGACAAAGAUUAAACAUGAGCUAAAUCAGUUUUGAAUAAAAAUCAUUAACAACUUCAUGUUUUCUCAAAAAAUUUAAAACUUCUUUAUAAUUUAUAUUGCAUGUUCUAUUUACCAUAAUAAUUGAGUAUUUAAAACUAUUUGUAGAGUAGUACAUUUUAGUUAAAAGGCAUUGCUCUGGUUUAGAGGGCAUAAUUGGUAUGUUUCAUCAAUCUCAAGAACAGGCUAAGUCAAAUCCAAGUCUGCUAUUCUGCUGCCUGGUUGCAUUUUGUGCAUCUAAAGUAUCUUUUCACAUAUUUUGUUAGAUUGGUCAUAGAAAAUUAAUUAGAGUUAUUAGAAACUAAGCAAAGUGACAUCUUCAAACUGAUGGAAUUACAGUGACUUCUUCACAUUUGGAAAAAAAAAUUGAAUAUCUUCAUACAUUCAUUAAAAUAUACCUUACAUGGAGUAAUAAUGAAUGGAGCGAAAUUGGCGUUGAUUUUUUCAGACUGUUGAGUUUUAUGUCCCAAAUAUAGAAGACUUAGGAGACAUAGUGUUUGAACUGUAUGUCCGUCUGUUGGUCAUACUUUAUUGUGUACUCACCUCUUACAGUUUUCAUCCAAAUCAACUGAAAUUAGCAUGGGUUUAAACCUUCAUAUGAGGAAGUCAUCCAGAUUGCUUAUGGAAGGUCAGUGGUUCUACAACAGGUGCUUGCUUAUACCUGAAAUAAUGUGGGAGGUGCACAUGGGGUCUCAUUCACCAUCAAAGGCUGGAAAAGUUGUCAUAUGAUCUAUAUACCGGUGUGACUAAACAUUACCACUUCAUCUGUACUUUGUGUGCUACUGGUAACUCCUACUACAGUUUUCAUCCAUUUUAAAUGAAACUUCGUGUAAUCAACAUGAAAUGGACAUGAGCCUAUUGACUGGACUUUCAUGUCUGAUUGAUUGGUAUUAAGUUAUGCUCCUUUUUAGCUGUGGAAUUUGGGCCCUGUUUUGGCCUUUAUUAUUCUACCAAGCUUUUCAGGGGCAUGUGUCAUACAAUGUUGACAUCUGUUUUGUUCACUAAGAAGAGCUGGACUCUUAGUUAAUUGGAGCUGUUUAUGUAGUUAUCUUAAAUAUCUUUUGAAAGAGUACACAUGUAUUAGUAACAAUGCCUGCUUUUGGAUGUUCAUAAUGUUAUACAUUUGAUAUUGCAUGAAAAACAGACAACAGAUGAACAAAUAUUCCUGUAUUUUCCAAUACAUAUGACAUAUUUCAGAAGCUUGUAUAGUUUUCUAUAUUUUGAAUAAUUUUCCUAUAUUUUUUGGACAUUACAAGACAAGAAAAUGGGUAUAUUUUGCCAAAUGUUUUGCACCCUUCACAAAUUGCACAGAUAAUUUACAAAUAGCAAACCAUCACUAGUUUCUAACAGUAUAUGGCUACAUCAAAUUUACAUGUUUCCUUAACAUGAAAUUCAAUUUACAAUCAUUGAAGCAUAUUCAGAUAAGUCAGUUCAUAAUGCUCUCAUACAUAAAUUGAGCCUCCUCCUGCAUUAAAACUUCUUGACAAAAUCCUAUAUUUUAACUAAAUUCUUAUUGUAGCAGUUAAUUGCCUGUGAAAACAUAAUAUAUACUUGGAAAGUUUUGUAUACACUGUCAACAAUUUACCAUCACUUCAUCGUUACCAGGCUGUUCUGAAAUGUAGUAGGUGUAUUCUUUGAUAUUACUGUUACAAAGUCAUGUUCAAUAGUGGUAGAAGAUAAACACUAGCUAAAUUUCAUUUAAAAAGUUCUGGUAAAGUAAUGUUAUUUUGACCAAAAAAUAAAAAAAAUAAAAAGCUA